AUGAUUUCAUACACCCUCCGAAAAUGGAUGUUCAUUAUUGCACUAAUCUCCAUUACAUGCAUCGCUGCCCUGUUGAUUUUGCAAGUGAUCUGCAGUAGCAGCAACAUCAGUACCUCUGUUUAUGACCAACAAUUUCAUAACACACAAAGCAUUGAAAUUAUGCAGUCUUUUCACAUCCAAACAGAAUGGCUCCACCUGUCUGUAGUCAUCUUGUACACUACUGGUCUUGUCAUUACAAGUACAGCAUAUAUUCAUUGGUAUUUCGUUCCUCUAGCCGUAUUCAUCGGCAUCCAAUGGAUAUAUUCUACCUUUACACUAUUGGAUCGAGAUAAUUAUAUCAAGGAUCAGCUGCAAUUAUCAUGGCAAGCAGCUUACAAGGACAAUGUGCUUAUAUUGGAAAACAUUCAAAAUCAAUGGAAUUGCCAAGGUUUUAGUACCACUUUUGAUGAGCCUGCUUUCACCUCGACUGAAAAUGUGGAUACUGCUUGCUACCCUAUAUUAUCAGAGACAUUUGGGUCCACUAUCUACAUUUGGGGCAUUGGACUAUGGGCUGUCAAAGUGAUUCAGAUUAUUGGUUUAAUGGCAUGCUAUGCCCUUUAUAUCCACGCUCAUCACGAAUUUAAACAAAACGAUGAAGAGCGAGGUGCUAUUCAGCUACCAGAGCAUAAUUCCGACAUUGAAGAGUACACUGACAGUGAUGAUGACGAUGACGAUGAUGCAGCUACCAUUGUGGUGUUACCAUUCACACAUGUCAAUGAAAAGCAGCCUGUACAAAAUCAUGGCGAAUACCCCUUUUGA